AUGAAGAAAUUUCUACGUAAAAACCGCAUGUUUCUAUCCAUGUGUGCCAUUGUAUUUUUAUUAUUGUGUACAGUACGCACCAUGUAUAAGUUUUCCAUACGUGACUAUCAUGUCAAGACGAAUAAGGUGCUUGGUUAUUCUCCUCUAGAAAGAGCCAUGCAAGUCGCCAAUUACUUGACAAAUCUCGAGAUGCAAAAAUUGCAAAAGGAACAAGAAAGGAUUGAUUUUAAAUAUUGUGGUGGUCCUUGUAGGUUCAUAAAUGUGUUAUAUAUCCGAGAACAAGAAACAAGGGCACAAUUGCAUGUGCGGCAUUUGGCAUUUACAUCGGCCAAAGUUAAUCGUACACUUGUAUUACCCAAUGUGUCCGGCUCUCAUCUCGGUGCGUGUAAGAGUCAUGAUUUUGAAUACUACUAUGAUAUGGAGUGGACAAGACAAAAUAAAGAAUAUUUUAAUUCCAUUCGCAUGAAGGAUUUUGUUGCCUGGAUUCGAGAGCGCAAAGAAGCUAAUGUGCCUGUUUCCGAUCAAGUUCUAUCCACGUUUGAUCUCGACACGCAUGUCGAUCCUUCAGCCGUCACACAUUGCUUCAGUGGUCUCACCAAACCAAAAUCCACAUUCAAUCAGAUCUUGAAAUGGAAUAUCACGGGACAAACAUGCGAGCUAUCGAUCCAGGCACGCGAAAUAGCCAUGGUUCAGUUUUUAAAGGGACCUUCUCUUGGAAAUGGUAUGAACGCCAAUGAGGAUAUUGAAGUACUCCAUAUGGAGAUUUACAAAGCAAAUCAAUGGUCUCAAAUGGCACAAUCCGAUAUACCUAUUCCCUAUCAUCCAGCGGUAAUUAAACUUGCAGAUACUACCGCCAAGAGUUUAGGUCCUUUUGUGGCAAUACAUUGGCGUAUGGAAGCCAGCAAGAACACAAACAACAUGUUGCCUUGCGCACAACACCUUAUAUCUUUAUUGAAACGCAAGAAAAAGUUUAACUUCUUUCUGCUGACAGAUUACCCUCACAUGUUUACACAAGAGCAGCAAGAGGCGGCUAUGAAAGGUGUCUCUUCAACAAGUGAGCUUUCGCAAUGGCUACAAUCCAACUCAGACUCGUUUUUGAUGACGGAUUUUACACGAGAGCAUCACGAAGCGAUCCACUACUUGUAUCAACACGAUACAUUUCAUGUGUUAGAAACGGAGAUGGAAAGAGGUGGCACACCACCUGAUCAUUGGCAGAUCAUGCAGAUUCCAGACCGAUUGAAAUUAGCAGACGUGGAUCGCCCGAGAAUGAUUGAUAGUGGUUGGCUGGGCAUUCUUGAUAAAUUAAUUGCUAUGCGUUCGGUUCAUUUCUUUGCCGGACAAAAGGGUGAUGUGUGUGGGCGAUCCAAAAGCACUUUUACAGCUCAGAUUAUUGAUGCACGAACUAUCAUGCGGAAAUCAAGAACCAACUAUUUUGGGCCUAAAAAUAAAACUCUGUAA